AUGCUGACGAGAUCGACCCAGUCGUUUUACCUCGAAGCUCGGAAAGUGACUUCGUUUGCCGAGGCCGCGGUGGGGAGAGUGGUGGAGACGUCCGGUGUCAACGCGUUCUGGAACAAGGACGACGCCCGCUUCUCUAAGGUCACGGCCAUUGCGUUGCUCCUGGAACGAAUCCUGGAUUCCGGUGCCCAGUCCGUCGUGGGCACUCUGGCUCUCAAGCGCGACGUUGUACGCAUGCAGGAAUUAGGAUUCCCACCCGCCGAUCACCCUCAAGCCGCCCAAUUCCUCGGCACUCUGAGUCAGGCGCAGCGCUCGAAACCGGUCACCGAAAAGGUGAUCAUCUUCACGUAUUUCGCCAUGUACAUGGAGUACGUGCAGGCUUUCCUCGAGCACGUCGGGUUCCGAGUCCUGGCUAUCAACGGCUCGGUCACCAAGACGGUCAAAGCCAGACAAGCCGUGAUUGACCGUUUUCGGGAUGGGGACUAUCACGUUCUCCUGGCGACCUACAACGUCGCCAGCGUAGGACUGGAGCUUCAGAUGGCGAACGUCAUCAUCGCUGCCGACGUGGACUGGAGCGCGAUCUCGCAGGCGCAGACGCUCGGCCGGGUCUAUCGGCAAGGUCAGGAGAAGAAGUGCUUUUUUUUCCAGUUGGUCGCCGAGCACACCAUCGACUUCGUUCUGGCCGCCAUCUCCCUGCGCAAGUCUUCGCUCUUGCACGACUUCACCACCCCCGAGCGCACCGCGGCUUGGGAGAAACUGCACCUGGCCUUGGAAAGUCAGCAGCAAGACGAGCACAACGAGGAGACCGCUCCCAACGGACCAGUGUGGCAGGCGCUGACGCAAGACCUGGAAGCCGCCCGCACGUUCCUGGGGCGACACAAGAUCAACGUCUCCUUCGACGGCAAACGAGCGUCUCGGGCGCCCCCGAAGAGCAACGAGAUGGUCGUCGACGGAGAAGAUACCCCGACGGUUCUGACCGCACCCGUCUAUUCGUCGACCAGCUGGGCCAUCCUGGCACCCCCGAAUGACCCCGCGCCUUCCACGACCGACCCCGAUGUGGAGGAUCUCGCGGGCAUGUUGCUGGAUGUUGAAUGA